ACCGCUAUCAGUAGUUGUUUGGUUUUGAAGUGAGAGGGGAGGACUGAAUCGGGGCAAACAGAGUACGGAUUUUUAUGUUGUUGGUUCUGGGCCGCUGGGUCUCACACGCAUUCAUACCAAGAGUCUCGACGUGCUUUCCAGCUCUGCUGCCGAGGACCAUUUUGCGUAACUUCAAUAAAAUCAAAUUCAUAGUUCACAUCCAUAGCGCCGUCUCCGUCAACGCUGUCAGCCCAUACAGAGCGACCAUGCCUGAGAGGAGGCCCUUCGUCCGGCUGCCCACUGACGUCUUCCCAGUCAACUAUGGGUUAUGUCUGAAGCCCGAUCUCAUUGACUUCACGUUUGAAGGAAAACUGGAAGCUGCGGUUGAGGUGACGCAGCCCACCAACCAGAUUGUGAUGAACUGCGCUGACAUCGACAUCAUCACAGCGUCCUUCGUACCAGAAGGGGGAGAAGGUGAGGAGGUCAACGCAACAGGGUUCAACUACCAGAACGAAGACGAGAAGGUCACCCUCUCGUUCCCCAGCACCCUCCAGAAAGGGUCGGCUAUAUUGAAGAUUGACUUUGUGGGGGAGCUCAACGACAAGAUGAAGGGGUUUUAUAGAAGUAAAUAUGCAAGUCCUUCCGGGGAAGUCCGCUACGCUGCUGUAACACAGUUUGAGGCCACGGACGCACGCCGGGCCUUCCCCUGUUGGGACGAGCCCGCCAUCAAAGCCACCUUCGACAUCACCCUGAUCGUGCCCAAGGAGCGCGUGGCGCUGUCCAACAUGAAUGUAAUCGACAGAAAGCCGUACCCCGAGGACGCCGGCCUGGUGGAGGUGAAGUUCGCCACCACACCCAUCAUGUCAACGUACCUGGUGGCCUUCGUCAUCGGAGAGUAUGACUUUGUGGAGGGGCAAUCGUCCGACGGUGUGCUGGUGCGCGUCUACACACCGUUGGGCAAGGCCGAGCAGGGGAAGUUUGCGUUGGAGGUCGCGAUCAAAACCUUACCCUUCUACAAAGACUACUUCAAUGUUCCCUAUCCGUUGCCUAAAAUUGAUCUCAUAGCCAUCGCUGACUUUGCCGCUGGUGCCAUGGAGAACUGGGGUCUGGUCACAUACAGGGAGACGGCACUGCUCAUUGACCCCAAGAACUCCUGCUCCUCCUCUCGCCAGUGGGUGGCUCUGGUGGUCGGACACGAGCUGGCCCACCAGUGGUUCGGAAACCUGGUCACCAUGGAAUGGUGGACCCACCUGUGGCUGAACGAGGGCUUUGCGUCCUGGAUAGAGUACCUGUGUGUGGACCACUGCUUCCCCGAGUACGACAUCUGGACCCAGUUCGUCUCCGCCGACUACACUCGUGCCCUGGAGCUGGACGCCCUGGACAACAGCCACCCCAUUGAGGUGAACGUCGGCCACCCGUCGGAAGUGGACGAGAUCUUCGACGCCAUCUCCUACAGCAAAGGCGCGUCGGUCAUCCGCAUGCUGCACGACUACAUCGGAGACCAGGAUUUUAGGAAAGGAAUGAAUGCCUAUCUAUUGAAGUUCCAGCAUAAAAAUGCAUCGACAGAGGACCUAUGGGACUGCCUGGGACAGGCGAGUGGGAAGCCAAUCGCGGAGGUGAUGAGCUCUUGGACCCAACAGAUGGGCUUCCCUAUUAUAGUAGUGGACCAGGAACAACAAGGAGACGACCGCAUCAUCAAGCUCUCUCAGAAGAAGUUCUGUGCCAGUGGACCACACACCGCCGAGGAGUGUCCCAGUUGGAUGGUGCCCGUCAGCAUCUGCACCAGCGACGACCCUAGCCACGCCUGUCACAAGGUGCUGCUGGAUGGAACGGACGCCACCAUCACCCUCAACAAUGUCCGGCCAGACCAGUGGGUCAAGAUAAACCCGGGUACCGUAGGGUUUUACCGGCUCCAGUACAGCACCUCCAUGCUGGAGAGUCUGCUGCCGGGGGUCCGGGACCUCAGCCUGCCCCCUGUCGACCGUCUGGGACUGCAGAACGACCUCUUCUCCCUGUCCCGUGCAGGGAUGAUCAGCACGGUGGAUGUGCUGCGGCUCAUGGAGGCCUUUAUCAACGAGCCCAACUACACGGUGUGGAGCGACCUGAGCUGCAACCUGGGCGUGCUGUCCUCCCUGCUCUCCAACACAGACUUCCACGAGGAGAUCCAGGAGUUCAUCAGGGACCUGUUCACGCCCGUGGGCCUUAGCCUGGGCUGGGACAGCAAGCCCGGGGAAGGCCAUCUGGAGGCCCUGCUGCGGGGCCUGGUCCUAGGGAAGCUUGGCAAGGCGGGCCACAAGGCAACGCUGGAGGAGGCUCGCCUCCGCUUCAAGGAGCACGUCGAGGGGAGGCAGGUCCUGUCUGCCGACCUCCGCAGCCCGGUGUAUCUAACGGUGUUGAAGCAUGGGGACAGUGCAACACUGGACACCAUGCUGAAGCUCCACAAGCAAGCAGACAUGCAAGAGGAGAAGAACCGCAUCGAGAGGGUCCUGGGAGCCAUCUCCGCCCCAGACCUCAUCCAGAAGGUGCUCAUCUUCGCCCUGUCGGACGACGUGCGGCCCCAGGACACGGUGUCUGUCAUCGGGGGCGUGGCCGAGGGCAGCAAGCAGGGCCGGAAGGCCGCCUGGAAGUUUGUGAAGGACAACUGGGAGGAGUUACACAACCGCUACCAGGGCGGCUUCCUCAUCUCACGCCUCAUCAAGCUCUCUGUAGAUGGAUUCGCUAAUGAGAAAAUGGCAGCUGAGGUCAAGAGCUUCUUUGAGAGCCACCAGGCCCCCGCGGCCGAGCGCACCGUGCAGCAGUGCUGCGAGAACAUCCUCCUCAACGCCGCCUGGCUGAAGAGGGACACCGACGACAUCCACCAGUACCUGCUGCAGCGGAAAGGCCCUCCUACCGUCUGAGCCACGCCCUGCUUCUUCACCACCUCCUCCUCCUCCUCCGCCCCCCUGCCCUGUCUAGCAGCCGGCUCCCUCUCUCCAACCCCCCCGCCACGGGAGAGCAGAUGAAACAGCUUCUUCUCUUUCUUUCUUUUCCUCUUUUGUUUUGCCUCUUCUUCAAAGAAACUGAUAUAAAAAGAAAAAAAAUAACUAACGCAAGAAGACCAACGCCAAGAAUUUAGCCAAGUAUUGGACACCUAGAGACUCUGCUGCUACAGAGAGUCCUCGCUGCUCCCAUUCUGCCCUCCCUCAAUGCUAGGACACGCCUCCUGGGGACACGCCUCCUGACCAGACAACCGUCGGUGAUUUCACCAUACAGCACGCACAGACACACAUGCACACAUGGAACAUUCACACACAGACUAAAACAACACACACACACACACACACACACACACACACACACACACACACACACACACACACACACACACACACACACACACACACACACACACACACACACACACACACACACACACACACACACACACACACACACACACACCUGAACCUCAUAAACCUGCUAGAUUACUGCCCUGGUUCACUGGGCCUAAUGCAUAUCCACCACCAGUUGUUUUGGAAAGAAACUGAAUCCCGUGUUCUUCAUGCAUGAUUCCGUGUUUCUUUGUGACCUUUCUUCCAUUCUCAAUUUCAUGUCCAAUCCCCCCCCGGCGAUCCCUGUGGCCGGCUACGGGCUCGAGGGCCCGUGGGCAGAAUGGGGCCGAGGCGCGCGGCCUCGCCCGGUGACGGCGUUCUUCCGCUGCCCUGCUCCGCCGCUAACCUAGCGAUUAGCAUGAGCGAGCAGCGCUAGCAUGGUACUAUGUUGUAUACUGUAUAUUUGCAAGCAUUUCUUGCGGACCACGGUCCUGGAAAGCGUAGACGGCAAUGUUCAUGAUGACCUGUCUCCAGCGCACCUCCCCCCCCCCCCCCCCACCACAUAUCAUCGACCCGUGUCUCGUUAGGCUCCGCCCGUACAGUUCCGAAGCGAUCCAAGACCGCAAGGUGUGUAAAGCAAGCACCUCCCCCUCCUCUACAGCCACUCCCCUCAACAAAAUGACUAAAAAACAAAUCUUUCAUAGGACGUCAGAUAAAGUGAUUUGUUUAAAUGCUAGAAUGAUUGUGUAUUCUGAAGAAGAAAAUAACGUAUUAUGAUUAUGACAUUACUUUUGGGGCCUUUUACUUUGAAAUAACAUCAGGUGAUCCUGUAGAGUUGGCGCGAUGGCCCGGUCUUUGAUGUGAUGUGUUCCUCUUACGCUGUUGAACUCAGAAGCCUUAAAUUGGUCAACUGGUUUGCAAUAAUAAUAAUUAUUAAUAUUAAGUGGUAGUGAGUUCCACGGGAAAUCUAAUGUGACAAUUAUUAAACUAGUAAACAUCUAUGUAGAAUUUACCAUUUUUGAUGUGGCGCUGAAUACUUAUAUUUAAAAAAGAAAAAAAAAACAUUACCGGAGAAUAUCAUCCAACUUGCUGUCUUUACCCUGAAACAUUUGUUGUGCUUUUAUGAUUUAAACAUACAGUUGGUGUUCAUUAAAGUGAGAGAGUACAAAAUGUG